AAAAUAGCAGGCCGUGUUCAGCUGACGGCUGUGUGACGGCGCGCGGCUACCGCCAGCCUAAGGUGGCUGACAGUGUUCCACAGCACGCAAAUGGUUAUCAGAUUCUCUCGCUAGUUUUUUUGUCUAUCACAUGUACUAAGCUCGUCCUCGUACUGUAAUACGUGUCUCGUUUGCUGUCGCACUGUACGGAAUACGGAUGCAGCCGUUCGUUGCUGAAUGCACGGAACUUUAAAAAAAUUCUAUUAAUACAACUUGCAUGUUUUUCACUACGCAUGUGCGACGGACGACUUGCCUGAUCGGUGCAUGAUCGUGAUGUGAUACGCGAUGCAGCUUGCAUGUACGACAACGCAGUAAUUUCAUGACAUACAUUAUGUAUACAGAUUGAAAUCUUAACGUAUCAGCACACUGGAAACCGCUAAACCCCUGUUUUAAAUGAUUAUUGUGAUCGGUUACCGUAGCUGUAGCAGUCAUCUUUGAGGUACAAUAAACCGUAGCUGUAGCAGUUAUCUUUGAGGUACAAUAAACUGUAAUUAUACCGGAGUACUGUUGGCACGAAAUCACCGCAGCCUAUAGAAGUAUAGGCCUUUGGCGAUCGUUACGGUCCACGGUCUGCAGUGUUUCCUGCCAUACGAGAACUACUGCAGAAAGCUUCUGGAUACUGUUCGGUGAAACAUGAAGUCCGACGCGUUACCGUUGUAUCAUCACAACAUUGCAAUCGUUUGUUCGGGCAGCGAUACUUUGCUGCAGCCGCGCUACCGGCAUCCUAAAUCCGAAAUAACGGGCCUCCAUGGGACGCCAUUUGCAUCCAGCAGCAACGUUGAAGCUAAAAUUCGCUUCAACAUAAACUAUCUCAAGACGUUUUCUGGAAUCUUGCAACUGAUUGAACUGGGUCUGAUGUUGACUGCAUCCAUUCUGGCGGCGGUGACAACCGAAUACGGCAUCUCCUUAUGGCCUAGCUGGCUGCAGUCUUACUGCAUAAACUGGGCAAAAUUUGUCACAAUAAUCGGAUUCAUCAUUACGCUAGCACUGGUGUUUGUGCAUUUACUCCAUUUAACGGAACCUCCGCAUCAAGUUAAAUGGCUGUUUGUGGAAGUGGUUUACUGCUCCGCUAUGGCAAUUCUGCUGUGUGUUGCCGGCACGGUCCUGAUUCCUCACGCCAACGGUCGUACUCGUGCUGUUCGUGGAGCUUGUACGGGUUUCUGCUGGCUAGCCAUGAUGACAUAUGGAGCAGAUGCGUUCAUCAAAUUUGCGCUACUUCUUUCUAUGGCUGGAAAACUGAGUUCCUCGGAAACGCCGAUUAAAUCAUCCAGAGUUGCUGAACUGAAACCGCACUUUGACAAACAAUACUUUAAAUCGUUUUCUGGGAUCAUGAACAUCCUUGAUAUGGUCUUUCUGCUAACUGCCUUCAUUCUGGCGACGGCUGCCUGGAGCUCGGACUGGAGGUACGCAGCUUUUUACUGCCAAGCAUCUGCGGGGUGGGUCCAGUUUGUCACAAUUACGGGAUUCGUCAUUACGCUCAUUCUGUUAUUUCUGGAUUUGUUCCACGUAAUCGAUCCUUUACACCACGUUAAAUGGUUGGGUAUAAAAUUGACUUACUGCGGUGCUGUAUCUAUUUUUACUUAUCCUUGCCGGAGCAUUUAUGAUCCCCUUCGCCGAAAUGGAUGGCACUCGUGGAGCUUGCACGUUUUUCUGCUGGGCAGCUAUGGUGGUGUUUGGAGCGGAUGCGCUCUUCAAAUUCCGAUCCUGGCCGAAUGGACAAGCUGAACAAGGUCAAGGAAGAGGCCAAGGCGACAGAUAUUAACUAUUCGACGGACGGAUUGAAGCAGUGUGCAAACGUGUACAGAUUUGGAAUACUGGCCGGCGUUUUCCCAAGAACGUCUGAAAAGUUGAAUUCGUUAAUUACAUUUUUCUUUGUAGUCUGUAAGAAAAAUGUAAUUAACGAAUUC